AGUUGUUUAUGUCGCCAAUGUCACAAGAUAUCUCUUCGAAUUCAAUCCAGAAACUUUGGCGGAAAACAGAUACAUUUCAUGACCUAAAAUUAAAGCAAACAUAUAAUGUCAACUUUUGAAUAUGGACCAGAUUCAGGUGGUCGGACCAAAGGUAUCAUAAUAAAACCAAUAGUGUAUGGAAAUGUAGCCAAAUAUUUUGGCAAGAAAAGAGAAGAAGAUGGUCAUACACAUCAAUGGACGGUCUAUGUUCGCCCUUAUGAAAAUGAAGACAUGUCAACUUAUGUGAAAAAGAUCAAUUUCAAGCUCCAUGACAGCUAUGCCAACCAAAACAGAGUGCUCACCAAACCUCCUUAUGAAGUCACAGAAACAGGAUGGGGUGAAUUUGAAAUAGUCAUAAAAAUUUACUUUCAAGAUCCUAAUGAGAGACCUGUCACCUUCUACCACAUAUUAAAGCUCUUCCAAAAUUCCCCUGAAAUAGUAGUGGGAAAGAAGCCUGUUGUCUCAGAGUUUUAUGAAGAGAUUGUUUUUCAAGAACCUACUGCAAUGAUGCAACAGUUGUUGACUAAUAUCCCACAACUUACAACUUCUCCAGUCAAACAUGAUUCAGACUUUGAAGAAAAGAAGGUCACCACAUUGGAUAGCAUAGUAAAAGCAAAAACAAAAGUGAAAAAUGAACUCACAGAAUUGAAAGACCGCCUCCAGUUAGCAAAGGAAACCAUUCAGAAAUUCAGGGAUGAGGUGCAAAACCUUCAACUAGGUAACCCUGCCUCUGCUCAAACAUAGUGUUUCUCAAAUGAAUUAACUUGUCCCAAGUUUUACUAUUUCUAUUUUAUUGAAUCAAAAAUACAAAAAAAAAAAAUACCAC